CCCCUUUCACCGUGCGCUGCUUCGGUUUGCUCGGGCGGAGAAAGGAAGGGCAGCGUCGCGGUUGCUUGCUUCCUCCCGAAUCCUCGCCUCGAUCUCGCUCGCGGGCGGGCGGAGGGAUCGUGAUCGGGAUCGGGAUCGGGGGCGCGCGAAGAUGAGCGUGAUCGACAUCCUCACGCGGGUGGACUCCAUCUGCAAGAAGUACGACAAGUACGACGUCGAGAGGCUCAACGGCGCCAACGUCGCCGGCGAGGACCCCUUCGCCCGCCUCUACGGCUCCAUCGACGCCGACAUCAACGAAUGCGUCGAGAAAGCGGAGGCGGCGAAGCAGGAGAAGAACCGCGCCACGGUGGUCGCGCUCAACGCGGAGAUCCGGCGAACCAAGGCCAAGCUCGUCGAGGAGGACCUGCCCAAGCUGCAGCGCCUCGCGCUGAAGAAGGUCAAAGGGCUCACAAAAGAGGAACUCGCGACCCGUAGUGAUCUGGUUGCUGCCUUACCCGAUAGAAUACAAUCAAUACCAGAUGGUAGUUCAAGUGCAAAGAAAAAUGGGACUUGGGGCGCCUCAGGAUCCCGUACUGGUGGAGCCAUUAAGUUUGACACUUCUGAUGGCAACUUUGAUGAUGAGUACUUUAAGGGAACAGAAGAAUCAAAUCAGUUUCGUCGGGAAUAUGAGAUGCGCAAAAUGAAACAGGAUGAAGGUUUGGAUAUUAUCGGUGAAGGGCUGGAAACUCUGAAAAACAUGGCAUCUGAUAUGAAUGAGGAACUGGAUAGGCAAGUUCCCUUGAUGGAUGAAAUGGACGAGAAGGUGGAUAGAGCCAACACAGAUUUGAAGAAUACCAACGUCAGACUAAAAGAGACCGUUCUUCAGCUGAGAUCUAGUCGCAACUUCUGCAUUGAUAUCGUCCUGCUCUGUGUUAUUCUUGGUAUUGCGGCUUAUCUUUACAAUGUUCUAAAAAAGUGAGACCGGACUGUGCCAUGGAUCUAUUUUCCACGUCUUCCGGUGAUGGAUGGAUGAGUUUCGACGUGUCCACGAGCUGUUCCCUUUAUUUUUAUCUCAUCUGUGUAAUAGUAGUAUGGUGUUCUUCCGGGACUUGCGAACAUCCUUGUUGAAAGUUGAAACAGUGAGCAUUGUGCGUGCGAAAACCUGACGUCUUCUGUACAUCUGCGAGUUUAAUUCUUAGCAAGAGCGUAUCAAACAUUCUGUUAUGAACUAUGUAAACCUUCUCAUGUAUAUUCAUUGCAUCAGUUCUUUGGUUGUGCCAUCA